AUGACGUCAAGUCUACCAGUUCAUGCCACUAGAUUCCAGCUGGCUCUUUCUUCACAACAUAAAAUUGCAAUUCCUUGCGAUUCCUCUUUCCAGCAUUUAAAUCAUCCCUUGCCUUGUACCAAAGAUCUAGCCAUAGAUUCCCCAUCCUUCCUGAAUAAUUUAAACUGGGACCCUGAUCACAGACUUGGAAUCAAUAGACUAGGUAUCCCUGAAGUUCCCGAUAUACCCGACUUGAAGGAGAAUCUAAACUCAAAGUUUAGCCCUUCACCAUCAUCUAUAACAAAUCAGAGCUCUCAAAUCUCAUUUUCACUUUGUAAUAAUACACUUAUCACUAGGCAACAGGCCAAAGAGCCGCAAUUCCGGUUAGAACAAGGAAGAGAGGAGGCUCCUGGAGCAGAUGACAUCUUGCCAGCUGGUAUAAAUUCAGAAUCCUUCUCUUUGAAUUCUGCAUAUUCGGAGCCGGUUUGCUCUUUCCCAGAUUUUUCGCCUCUCCUAACACCUUCGAAAACUAAUCAACUCUUUUCGUCAGCAGCAUUCCUCCAGCCUUCUACACAUAAUUCAUUGGUUUCCACACAAUUUUGGAAUAGGAGCCAUUCCAACGAAGGCAGUCUUCGGAAGCUACCUUUACUUACAAUAUCGAAUUCUCAUAAAUGCUCUUCAGUUCAACUGAAGUCAAGUUCACAGAAACCAAUUGCGAAUUGCCCGAUAGCCCCAAUCUUGUCAUCAGCACCAUCGUUUAGUCCAUCACAAACGGUUACCAGAACUUUUAAACAGAAUUCAGAAAACGAUCUAGUAUGCUAUGAGCCGGUCAAAAUCGGUACAGAUGCUGACGUUAUUUCGUUAGUGGAUAGGGUCUUACUUGAAUCGAAUAGUAAAGACAUUCUAUCCAGAGAAACCGUGUUUACGCGAAAAGAGACCACUACAGAAAUAAGCAUGUCAGAGAGUAAAUUCGUUAAUGACAUCGCCAUUCAAAGCAGAUCUGUAAACAUCAUAAAAAGCGACUCAGAUAUAUCUUGUAAGGAUGUGCAAGCUGCAAAGGAGUCGAAUUCAAUAGUAAGUCACAAUAAAGUUGAACAAAAUGAGCCAGAAAAGAUAUAUCAUGCAGAAUUUGAGGCAUGUGAAGUUGGUCUGCCUAUUCGGAAUCCUCAACUGGACUCGACAAUAUGUCAUACAAAUGAUUGUGAAGCACUGAUAAAAGAAUCAAAUAAAAUUAGCCAAAUAGCUCAACAAACAAACUUGGACUUAGUCAGCAGACCUCGAGGCAUUGGGGAUGAGAUGAUUACAAUGACGAGCCCAAAGCAAGCCACUCCUACUUCCGAAGACAUUUGUGAAUAUAACGAAUUAUAUGAUGAUCUUGCCAAUUUGCCGACUUUAACUGAGGUUAGAUUGUCUUUGUUGUAUUCCACUUACAGAUCUGCACAAACUCACAACUUGGUUGGUCACGCAUGA